AUGGCCAUUAAAAACGGUAAAGCUCAGUCGUUUGGACUUGGUGAUAUCAUCCUGGCUCCGAGCCCCUCUACCACUCGAGGUCAGCCAACACAGCUCUCAUGCGAUUCCAAAGGCGAACGGUUAGCCUAUGCAUCUAACAAAUCUAUCUUCAUCCGCUCUAUUGACAACCCCUCAAUCUCAAGACAAUACACAGACCACAAAGCGGAAACGACAGUUGCGCGAUUCUCACCUUCUGGCUAUUAUGUCGCCAGCGGCGAUGAGAGUGGCACUGUCAGGGUCUGGGACUGCGUCGGGGAAGGUGCUACAAAGGGCGAAUACUUCAUUGUCAGCGGCCGCAUCAACGACCUUGCAUGGGACGGAGACUCGCAGCGGAUCAUAGCAGUGGGCGAAGGGAAACAGAGAUUUGGCCAUUGUUUUACUGCAGAUAGCGGCAAUUCUGUUGGUGAGGUUACUGGCCACAGCCAGCGAGUCAAUUGCGUGUCCAUCCGGCAGCAACGGCCCAUUCGCGCUGCCACCGCAGGAGAUGACAAGUCCCUAAUUUUUUACAAUGGUCCACCUUUCAAAUUCAACACGAGCACUGGAUCGAAUCAUGUCAAUUAUAUCUACGGACUCGCUUUCAGCCCGGAUGGCGCAAACCUCGUCAGUGUCGGGGGUGAUCGACGGAUUUGGCUCUACGAUGGGAAAACUGGAGAGACCAAGGCUCAAAUAGGUUCGGGGGAGCAUACAGGUAGUAUACUGGGUGUCUCCUGGUCGCAGGACUCGCGCAAAUUUGUCACAGCUAGCGCAGACCGGACGGUAAAGAUUUGGGAUGUGGAGCAUGGGAAAGUCGUGCAGAAUUGGAAGAUGGGCGAAGAAGGGUCCGUGAGCAUACCGGAUCAGCAGGUUGGAGUUGUUUGGCCGGCUGGAAGAAGUGAUGGCCUGAUUAUCAGUCUGGCUCUCUCUGGUAACCUUAACUAUCUAACUGAAGGCAGCGAGAGGCCAACUCGCGUCAUCCAAGGUCAUCAGAAAAGCAUUACCUCCAUGGCUCGGUUUGAUAUUGGCAAUAAAGAAACCCUUUGGACUGGGAGUGUCGACGGCAGGCUAUACAGCUGCGAUAUAACUCAGGGGUGUGAAGAACGUGUUGACGGCGAGGGUCAUCCUAACUAUGUCAAUGGUCUAGCAGCUACAAGUGAAGGAAAUGGUCGCAUUUACAGCGUCGGUUGGGACGACACGAUUCGUUCUGUCGACGUAACUACAAACACAUAUACUGGAAGCGCAACUAAGCUUGCCGGCCAGCCGAAAAACGCCGCCGCCGCCGCGAAUAACAUAGUUCUCGUCGCAAACUCGGAUGGUGUUGAGAUUUUCAAAGACGGUGCUAAAAUAAGCAAUUUCCCUUGCGAGCCUACUUCUCUCAACGUCAUUGCUGCGCAUGGUACCACUGCUGCAAUCGGCUGCGAUGACUCGUCCGUCCGAAUCUGCUCUAUUAACAAUAACGAUCUCGUUCCCUCAGUAGAAAUAAAGGCUUCAAGAAACCCGAUCACAGCACUUACCUUCUCGCCAGAUGGUUCCUUGUUAGCCGUGGGCGAUUCGCGCGGGCGCGUACUAGUUUACAAGUCAGCAGAUGGCAGCAUUGUUACAGACCGGUGGACUGCGCAUACCGCACGAAUCAACUCUCUCGCAUGGAAUUCCGAGGGCACCCAUCUGGCCAGUGGGAGUCUCGAUACAAGCAUUUUUAUCUGGAGUUUGGCUUGUCCUGGGGACUGGCUGCAGGCACCCAACGCUCACAAGGAAGGGGUCAACGGAGUGGUCUGGAUCACUGACCGCACUAAGAUCGCAUCCGUGGGGUCUGAUGCUGCGAUUAAGAUAUGGCAGCUCGAAGAUCUUAAGUAG